AUGUCAGCGACAAGGGGAAAGACAUCCCUCGCUCUCACUCGGGUCUGGCAUCAUGCCUCCGCACAAGAUCGAGUGCUCGGUAAUCUCGCGAGUCGGAUAGCUUGGGUGCUUAUGGGGAAGCAUAAGCCGACAUACGAUCCAGCAGUUGAUGCGGGAGAUUAUGUUGUCGUUUCUGAUGCGCUCUCGGUCCGGUUGACAGGAAAGAAGGCGGUCGAUAAGACAUAUAAGCACCAUUCGGGUUUUAUUGGAGGGUUGAAGGAGGUGCCAAUCACGCGGAUGAGGGAAAGACGGCCAGAAGAUAUCAUUCGGAGAGCAGUAUCAGGCAUGCUGCCCAAGAACACAUUCCGGCAACGACGGCUCGAUCGAUUAAAGAUCUAUCCCGCCGAGGCGCCCGAGAGCGCAUUAGGGAACGUAUUGAAGACGUGGAGGGAAGAGACGGGAGGCGGAGCUUUCAGGGACGGGGGAGCGGUAGGCUCGGAGUCGCAGGGCGCGAGCACAACGGAGACGAGGGUAUGA